AUGGCAACGACAAGCCUUGUCAUUUUGCCUGUGACUACAGCUUUCGAUGUGUCAACAACAACCAUCGCCUCCUGGAAGGUAGCCUCUACCAAAGAUGUCGGGAUCAACACUUCAAAACUGUCAGCACCAGAUCUGAAUACUUCGUUGUGGUACACUAUCGGUUCCAGGAAUACACUGAUGGCAACAUUGAUUGACAAUGGCGUCUACAGUGAGGAAUCGCUCUUCUUCACAGAUAAUCUGCAAGACAUCGACAUUGCGCAAUUUCGACUUCCGUGGUUCUAUCGUACAGAGUUUGAUCAUAAAGAGGGUAGUGGCGCCUUUACACAGCUCAUUACGAAUGGCAUCUCGUCACGGGCAGACAUAUGGCUCAACCGACAAUACCUUGGAGGGACCGUUGGCGCGUACGCUGGAUCCGCUUUGGACAUGACUUCUGAGAUCAAAGACGGGGUCAACGUUCUUCUUGUAAAGGUGUAUCCUACAGACUACAAUCGCGACUUUGCUCUCGGCUUCGUGGACUGGAAUCCAUACCCUCCGGACAAUGGUACGGGGGUCUGGCGUGAUGUCCAGAUCAAGAAGUGCGGGCAGAUCAGUUUGGGGAAGCCGCGGGUAAGGACUACCUUGGCCGGUGAUGUUGACUUCUCAGUCAGCCUGAAGAACCUGGGCAAGGAAUCGCUUCAGGGCAGAGUGCAGUGUGCUGUGACAGAUCCUGAUGGUCGAGAGCUUGGGAGACCCCAUACACCCUUUGCUACGGAUGGUCAAGACUCGGGUCUAGUUGCAUUGCACCUUAAGGUCGACAACCCGAAGAUUUGGUUCCCCUCUCAGUGGGGUGAUCAGCCGCUUUACAGCGUUCAAUGCACCGCUACCAAUAUGAGCGACACAAAUGUGUCGGCAGUAUACGAUCAGACGGCAAAAACUCGAUUCGGCAUUCGUACGGUGACUGCUCAGCUCAAUUCACACAAUGACACUGUAUUCUCGGUCAAUGGUGAGCCUUUCCAAGUCAUUGGAGCGGGGUAUACAUCCGACAUGUUCCUACGAUUUGACAUGGAGAGGCUGCGCACGCAGUUCCAGUAUGCUCUAGACAUGGGUUUGAACACCGUCCGUCUUGAAGGCAAGCAGGAACAUCCCGAACUGUACGACUUGGCAGAUGAGAUGGGUAUUAUGCUACUGCCAGGGUGGGAGUGCUGCGAUAAGUGGGAAGCAUGGACUUACAAUGAGGAAAGAAGUGGUGAAAGUUGGGACGAUGAGGACUAUGAGACUGCGGCUAAAUCUAUGGCGCAUGAAGCAAACAUGAUGCAGAAUCAUCCCAGCGUGAUGGGAUUCAUGGUCGGGAGCGACUACUGGCCUGACAACAGAGCGACUGAUCUGUACGUCAACACGCUUAGAGGUUUCAACUGGACUACUCCUAUCAUCGCAUCGGCGUCUCAACGAGGUUAUCCUGCUCGACUUGGAAACGGUGGCAUGAGAAUGGCUGGUCCGUACGACUGGGUACCACCAAACUACUGGUACGAUACUGAUAACGGCAACGACACACAUCUAGGUGCGGCAUUUGGCUUUGGAUCUGAGCUCGGUGCUGGAGUUGGCACACCGGCGCGUGGCAGCCUGAACAAGUUUCUUUCUUCCACUGACCUCGAUGAUCUUUGGAAGAACCCAGACAAAGGACUUUAUCACAUGAGCACCAACGUAUCCUCUUUCUAUACACGUUCCAUCUACAACGAGGCACUAUACAAGCGCUAUGGUACACCUAAGAGUCUAGACGACUAUCUCCUCAAAGCACAGAUGUCAGACUACGAAGCUACGAGAGCGCAGUUCGAAGCGUACGUUUCACGUUGGAGUGCGGAGCGCCCUGCAACAGGCUUGAUCUACUGGAUGCUCAACAACGCUUGGCCAAGUCUACACUGGAACCUGUUUGACUACUAUCUUCACCCCGGCGGCAGCUUCUUCGGUACAAAAGCCGCACUUGGUAAUCUUGAAUCAGUCACGUUCGAUUACCACUCCCAAGAUAUCUACUACGCGAACCGUGCUCUACAGUCUACCACCGGUGACGAUGCAAGGCAUGUCAAAGUCGACCUGAUCGAUCUCUCUGGCAAGACCAUACUUUCAGGAACCCUCCAAUCAGACAACCAGGAACCUUUGAGGGCGGUGCCAAACUCAAGCAAGCGUUUGUGCCACCUUCCUCAGCUCGAGAAUACGACCUCCGUCGCCCUCUUACGCCUCACUCUAAGCUCUGUCAAAAAUGAAGAACCACUGAGUCGCAAUGUUUACUGGGUUGCACCUCGUAGUGAUGUUCUGGACUGGGAUAACUCGACCUGGUACCACACGCCUGUGACAUCGUUCUCAGACUUGACUGCCCUGGAGACGAUGGACAACGCCACAAUUGUGGUACGUGGGAAGGGCAAGAGUUUACAGAUUGAGAACACAAGUGAUGUACCUGCAGUUUUUGUAAGGUUGAACCUUGUUGAUAAGGAUGGCAACGACGUGGUCCCCGUGGAUUGGGAAACAAACUACAUCACACUCUGGCCAAAGGAGAGUUACGAUGUUGCUGUGAGUGCGGAUAGUGGGCUGAGCAUCGAAGAUCUGCGCGUGCAGAUUGAUGGGCGUAACGUGAAAAGGAGGACGGUAAGACUAAAUGGGGGAACGCAGGUUUUAGAGGGCGAUGGAUUCAAGGGUUGA